AGUAAUGAUUCUGCUUAUGAGAAGGCGACAAAACAGAAGAAGAUUUUAAGUUUCUAUAAACGUUUCACGACUUAUUACUUCAACCUAUAAAUACAAAGAUGGUCCGGUGCUUCCUAAUAAACACCGUGUGUCCAGUAAGCGCUCUGUCCGCCGGGGAAAGCAGGGUGCUUUACUCCCGGGUCUUCGGUCCAGAUGAAGCGCUUCUGUCCGACCAACAGCCGGAGGAGAGGAGACUCCUGCUGAAGGAGAAGAUCUCUUUGGUAGCCAGGCAGGUCCGGAGCGCCGUCUCUCUGUCCAGGGAGGCUUCGGGUCGGCAGACGGUCGAUGCGAUGCCGGGUGACGAGGCUCUUGUUUUGCAAGACGCAGACAGUGGGGUGUUUCGUCUGAGAGCGGGCGACCCAUUCUCUGAAGAAAUGAGCGUCUUGUGGCUGGGGGUCCAAAGUUUGGGCUUCACAUUGGUCUGUGAGCCUCAUGAAAAUCUGUUGCUGGCUGAGGGAACGUUGAGAACCCUGACCAGACACUGUCUGGAGGACCUGCACAUGCUGGGGCAGAGCAGUGAGGUCCUGCUGAAAAGCAGUCGUAUUGACGUCCUGCUUAGCCGCCUGCUUCCUCAUGGUCAGCUCCUCUUCCUCAACCACCGCUUUGCUCAGAGUCUGGAGAAAGAAGUCGCAGCCUACAUGGCCAAAUAAACCAGGCGGCACAGCCUCAGCUUCCUAGAAGUUUACCUUCACCUACAGUGGAACUCCCAGCUGGAGCUCAGUUACUGCUUGAACCAGAGUAGUGCUGUUGUUUACUUGUGGUGACAUUUCUGCAGGAGAGAAGCAGAUGGGCAGCCCCACUCGCUGCUGCUUCUGCUGUUGGAGAUUGGAAGAUGUGUAAACACAGAGUGGGAAAUAUCUCCCUCAGCCACAUGCAGCUUUACCACUGGGUGUUUAUUGUGUGGGAGGCUUCGCUUUAAAUCAUGUUUGUCAAAUGAAAGAGUGGGAAAAGAGGGAAAACAUGUGGCAUAUGAAAAAGUGCAGCUGAGGAGGCCAGUUAAGACACGCUUGUCAGAAUCAAAAUCAGCCAAUUAUCAAAUUCACUAAACUUGAAAUGUCACGAUGUGGCCUUGAUGAGGCUGGUUUCUGCUGUUUUUCUUCAGCUGUUGCUCCUAGCUGUGAGAAAAGUUGACCCGCUGGUUUGUUUGAGUUUUAUUUAAAUAAUAAAGUUUCUGAGCAUAUUGGAAAUAACAUGCAUAAGAAAAUGGAACAAAAAUCAAAGACGACGAGUAUUCUUUCCAAAUCCUGUCAUGAUGUGCUGCUCAUCUUGUGUUUGUCUUCAAUUUUUAUGUUAACAGUAAAGUUCAGAAGCAAAAUGUAGAUCUUUAAAUAGAAUAAGAGGUUUGAUGUUUAAGCUUUUUUUUCAUGUAUUCAAAAUAAAAUGGACUGCUUG